UGACCCGUCAAAGUAUCCAAAUGGUCCUUCAAAUUUAUCAGUCAGCUAAUGGGCUUGCCAAGACAAAUAGGCCGAUAUAGUCCAAUGGAAUUAUGUGGGCUCUGACCUAUUUGAUGUAAUGAUGUUCUGUUUCUUUCAUGAAUUUCUCGACUGCAAAAAAAAAAAAAAAAAAAAAAACCCGGUAGAUCCACCGCCUUAUCGAUCCCCCAGUUAAAUCCCUACAUCCGGCAGAAACGGAAACUGAGAGACUUGUGAGAAUAGAAACAUAUGGCGAGAUCGUUCCCGGUUGCACUACUAUGGACUCUAGUCUUGUCUGGAACCCUAACUCUCAUUCAGGUACUGUUUACGGCAAAGAAGAAGUAAGAUUUGAAAGAGAUCAUGCAUAAAGUUUACUUUGAUGCUGAGAUUGCUGGGAAACCUGCAGGCCGAGUUGUCAUGGGUCUUUUUGGAAAGGCUGUUCCUAAAACUGGAGAAAAUUUCUGGGCAUCAUGCACAGGAGAGAAAUAUACUGGGAAGAGUGGAAGGCCUUUUCAUUUCAAGGGGAGUGCAUUCCAUAGAAUUAUUCCAGCUUUAUGAUCCAACGAGGUUAUUUCACUAUUGUCGGGGGAUUACUUUAGUAGUUUCCGUCCAAAUUAGGGCUUCUGUCAAUGGCAAAUGCUGGUCGUGAUACCAAUGGUUCACAAUUCUUCAUCACAACUGUGAUAACUAGUUGGAUGAUAUAUUGAGGGCAUGCUGGGAGAGGCUAGGUGGCAUCUUAUCCACCCUGCUGAACCUGUUUAGGAGCCUUUUGCCUCACGGAUAAAUCUAUCAAUGAGAGGCACAUAUUCAGACUCGGGUUGAGGGGAGUAUAUAAAACUACCCGUGCAUAUUGAAGGGUAUGCACUAUAAAUUCAUUGACACAUAUUAAAGCAGGUGGAGUAUUUUUGCCCAGAAAUUCAAUAAUUUGGUGAGCAUAGCAUGCACUGGACAGGAAGUAGUAUACCGUUUAUGCAAUCCAUUCUUGUAGCUACUGCGCCAAACAAUGGAUGGUAGAAGUAUAACCGCUAUCUUUCAGCCUAUAAUCCUUGUAAUCUAAUCUAUCUGUUGCAUAGGCUAGCUAUCCUAUGCUGCUCGGGGUGUCCAACAGGGCCUUAGGGCAUAUUUUGCAGCCCAGAUGGUAUCUGUCUUUAUGCAGCCUAGGAAACCCUUUUGCCAUGUCCUUGAGCAAUGAAUAUUUGCCCAUAACCAUUUGAUAUCCUAACAUAGGGUGGGGUGUCUUAAAGAUGGAUAGGAUACAGUCGUUAGUCCAGGGUGAAUAGAGUAUCCCACUUAACCAAAUAAAUGUCUAUUCAAUUUCUUCACAAGUAUAUAUGCAUUACAUACAUAGUUGUGCAUGUCGAGUCUUCUUUCCCUAAAAUAUUUUUUUUUUCUCUUACGUUGGAAUUUGUCUUCAUUUAUUGUCAAGGUUUUCGUUUAUUAGUACUAAUCUUCAACACAUGAAAGCUUUCUCGAGGGUCUUUUUUUGUUACGACCUUUGGCAAUUUGUCCCAGCUUGAUAAUUAUUUCGUUU